AGAUUGUUUCACAAAAAGACGGAAGAAUUCGUAGUCUGGACAAGAAGACACCUCUUUUUUUCAGUGGAUGUUGAUACUUCUCCACCGAACUGGAACAAGCUGUUUUCGUUCACCCGUGUCCCUUUUAAAAAAAAUUAUAAUUCUUGUCUAUGUCUUGUUGAUUACGUAAACUUCGGUUGCGCACCCAAAAUUUACAUCUUUGGUGGGGGAGCUGUCACCCGAUCGAUGAGAGCCACCAGGUCGUCCAUGCCGAGCAUGGUGCUCCCUCUACCGGCGGCCGUCAAGGAGGAGCCGCGCGAGAUCUCGUGCGGGGCUAAGCUCGAGGCCAAGCUCGAGGCCAGGCAGAACGAGAAUAUGAGCUCAACCACUACGGCCGCCACAACCAACAGCAACACCACCUGCCGGGGUGGGGUGGCCCAGCAUCAGCGGUCCGAGGCGCAGCUGUCGCGGGAGGAGAGGCGCCGUCGACGGCGGGCCACCACCAAGUACCGCACGGCCCACGCCACCCGGGAGCGAAUCCGGGUGGAGGCCUUCAACGUGGCGUUCGGAGAGCUCCGCAAACUGCUGCCCACGCUACCCCCAGACAAGAAACUUUCAAAAAUCGAGAUUCUAAGACUCGCCAUUUGUUAUAUAUCAUACCUUAACCACGUCCUCGAUGUAUGACGGCUGCCAAACAGGACAACCGACAUUAUGCAAGUACAUGCUGAAUCGUUUCAAGAACGAACAGUGUCUUGGGAUUUCAAGCUGUUCAUGGUGACAGACAACUGAGGUGGAAAGCUUACGGUAGCACCGUGCAAGGAUACAAUCUCUUUGUGAGUCUGUAUGGUUCUGAAAAGAACCGUGAGGAACGUUGAAAAUGCAAGGAUACGAUCUCUUUGUGAGUCUGUAUGGUUCGGAAAAGAACCGCGAGGAACUCAACGUUCCUCCCGGUUCUUUUCAGAACCAUACAGACUCACAAAGAGAUCGUAUCCUUGCAUGGAACAGUGUCUUAUAAAACAAAUCGUGUAUUUAACCAAGUGCACAUACAGUAUUCCAUAAAUGCACAGAUUAUUGUAACUAUUACAGAGUAUGAUAACACAAUUUUGUACACUAUUUCUCUUAGAGGCUAUUCACCAGUGUUGCUUUUAGCACAGUAAGCGAUGUGUGUAACUGGGAAAGUAAUACGUUAAUCUGACGAAGCUUGCGAAAAUAGACAAAUGUCUUUAACAUUCCCAAUGUCUCCAACUAUUCUGGGCAAUGAUAUCGACCUUAUUAAAAAAAGAUCUGUUCGUUAUUUGUUCUAUGACACCUGACCUGGCACACCCAAAGCUAUCGGGUUAAAGGUCACAUGAAAGAGGGAGGGAGGAUAAUGGAUGAUAUUCGAAAUUUUAAAAAGACCUUAAAAGUUUUUAGAAAUUUUCUUUCUCAGAAGAACCCUUUCCUGUAAAGUUAUAUUACGCACAUCGCUGUCAUAAGUACAGAAACCUGUAUAAAUGAGUUUGACAGGGGAAAGUGCAAAGUUUUAGCCUACAAUGUAUGUCAUUGUUUCGUCAACAGUGAUGCCUAAAGUGUAGCCCUAAACUUACGCCGUGUCUUGCCUAAUAGUGCGUGUGCACAUAUUUCAUUGUGUCAAAAGACUCCCAAGGAAGUGUGUUAAGAGUGUAUGCUCUGUUGGUGCGUGACUUAAAAUGCCGUCUUCUGUGUGCUGUAUGAGUGAUUUCGUGUAACGGAAUUCACAUAAAAAAAUCGGGACCCAAAAUUCCUUAAUCGGUACACAGAGGUCAUUGAAGCCACUGCCGGCCAUCUUACUGUGCCAGAUGCAAAGGUAAUACCGACUGCCAUGUUUGUCCUGUUCCCGGUAAAGCUGUUGGUAAUAAUGAUACAACUUCACAUAUUGAUAAAAGGGAACAGGCUAUUAUUCUGCCAGCCUCAGUUUGGUUAUUUUUGAAUGGUACACUGUAAAAACAACGCUUGGAGUUUAAAUACAUUUCUGUACACAUUUUGGUAACCACUUUUUAAAAAGGUUUAACCGCGACAUGGUUAUGUUAUGCAUUUAGGAAUGUGUUAAAAUUCUCAGCAGAUUUAAAAAAAAUAUAGCCAGCAAGAUAUGGAACGGAGGGGAACCAGCCCCUUUACAUGUCCAAUCCCUAUACACACUCCAGACUAUUGUUACCUAACACAUCCUCCUACUAGAUGUUUAUAAAGAAUUCCUGAGAUUCCGAUCAAACAGUGACCGACACAAAGGUAGGGGGCGCUCUCCAUACCAUGUCUUGCUUCAUAUGUCAAAUAAAGCUGAGCAUGUACAAUAGAAAAGCGUUUAGCGUUUAAAUACAUUCCCAAACACAUUUUUAAUAAACAUGUCCUGGGAUGAGCGUGUGGAAAAAGUGAGUACAAAAGAAGUGUUUCAACUCUAAACGUUGUUUGUUCAGUACAGAAAUGCAAGAUGGCUGCCCCAUGAUACAGGUCUAUUGUUCCAAUGGCACCCGGGCCAACCAUCUAAUUUGUGUUCGGCACAUUAAAAUGGCCGCCGGAGGCUUCAUUGGGGACAAAGGCAUUGUCCGUAGUCUGUGUAGGCACUUUUCAUCCAGGUGACGGGACAGCUUCCUCGUAAUCAGACGGUACUUUAUCCCAGUUGCUGUUGAUACCUAAAAAUCUGUUGACUCGCCCGACUACCUUGUCUCUAUACGGUAGUGUAGUAAUUUAAUGAUGGUGUCGAUUCCGCUUGACGGCAAAAUAAGAACACUACAAAAGGUGGUCCAAUAAGACUUUGUUGGCAAAAUGUUCCAUAUUCUGAAACCGCGACGGUUGACGUUUGUAGAAAAGCAACCUCAAGCAUCUUCUUCUAGAAACUAUAGGCCUAAAGCAUUAAGAGCCAAAACCCAUGGCAAAAACUGCAUUGUACGCUGGUCUCGUUACGCUCGUGUCAGAAAUGGUUUGGAAUAGGUAGCACAGGCCACACGGCCUAUUUAACAUGGAUGGUUUCGGCUACAGCAUGUAGAUGAAGCCGGUGAUGCUGUCACGGGACAUUCCCGACGGCCCCCUUCAAUGGUGGAAAGCAUUAUGUUGAGGUUUCUUCGACUAUCACAGCUGCCCCGGAAACCUUGCUACGUACACCAAUUUUUGCUGUGUCUGCAGCCAUUAAGGGGGGCCACAGAGAAUGUCCAGGAGUAACGUAACCGUGGCCACCACAUUAAUGUUUUAAUCAAUAGCAGGAAGUCAGAUGCAUUGUUUGCCUUGGUUGUCUCCUCCUGUAGCCAACCAAUGGCCCUAUGUACUAAAUGAUAUAUCACUGUAUUUACCGCAGUGCAUCGUGGGAUAGAAUUGGGGGCGGGGCGGCGUAAGCCACGAGUAGGCAAAAUAAGGCCGUGUCCGAAUCACAUGACAGUGGCUUGGCAUUGCAUGCAACUUCAUGGAAACUGGCUGCGGCCAUGCACAACAAUAGACUCGUGUGUGAUUUCUAGCCGCAGCCAAGCGAUUCGGACAAGGGCUAACACAAGUUUCAUUCGAUCGCAUGAAAGUGACAGGCACAAUCCGACUGCAUUCAAUUGCAGAAGAUAAUCCUCCGGAAAAUUUCAAACGAUGAUUACACAGAACUAACUUUUUGAAUCGGAGACAAUCGCACUCACAAUGCUCUUAAUAACUCUACACUGAUGCCCCCCAUUCUAUCCCACCAACGCGAUGCGGCAAACAUGUGAUAUGCCACCUGUAUAACUAUUUGCCCCGUUUUUGAAGUUAAAAGUUUUAGCUAAAACACACUUUCCAGGAAAAGCCUUUUCAUGAAAGGCCCAGAUUCUUGUACAUCAAGACUGCUUGAGAAUUUGCACGAGCGAGGGUUUGAAGGUUCGCGGUAGAACCACGGGGCGUAUUUCUUCAGGGCUUCGUGUGGUUGCGAGAAGAGCCGACGAUCUCAACUUUGAGCAAAGUAAUCACCAGGAAAUAGGAACAGACCUUAAUUAAGAAGAGAAGCUCGAGUAGUGUGGUCCAAACUUCUACGCGUGCCGAUGUCAUAGGAGAAUCUAGACUACCAAACAAUCCAGUAUCUUUUUUAAAGUGUAUACUCAGUCUCAUUCCCACUUUAGUUUCAAUAAACUUCACUUCCAAGCUCCAUAAUCAUACGCAUAAGGUCGAGGAGCCUGGUUUUCUUAGGGUCAGAAUUUUACAUUACACCAUUCUACUCAUCUACGGUUCACUUGAGCUUGCUAAUACCCAUCAUUAAAGUAGCAAUAUCAAUUAAAGCCUUUUCUUCGCCUACCGGUGAUAUUAAGCCUUCCAUGUUUUUUUUAGAAUUCAUAUUUUUAUUUCUUAUAUUCUUUAAUUGGUAAUCCCUGAAAUCUCCAGUCAGAUAAUGACAGGGAAACAUCAAACGCAAGCCCGACCGGCACUGGGUGAUGUUAAAGAUCAGUUGGGUGAUUUUUCUGCAAAACUUCUUGGGUUUUUAUAACGUGUUACGUGUAACACGCUGUCGAAUGUGCUUCAUUACAGGGUAUAGUGAUGUAGUUUUAUUCACGUUCUGUGGAUGUUUGAAAACCAGUAAAUUAUGCUUUCUUUUCUGACAAUAUGUUGUCUAAAUUUGAUUCAUUUUGAUGGACUGGAUUGCGGAAGAAAGGCGAAAAAGAUUUCAAUGCCAUGUGAGUUUUUUUUGGACAAUGAACCAUCAAAAUGUUCGUCACCAUGAAUGCAUUCUAGUUGCAAUCCCCUUUUUCAAAGACGAAUAUGAAUUUUCGACAAGUUUUGCCCCUAGUAACACUUGGUAUUUUUUUUAUAAGUUGGAGGCUGUAUUUGAAACAAUUUGCAAAUUAUUAGAAUAAACUCUCCCCUGAAGAUUGUGAA